AGUGGCACCUGCCAAGAGCUUGGCGUGGAUACCCUGGCCCAGACGGAGCAGCUGCCCCUGGGUGUCUUUCUGGCCAUCCAGCCUCACCAUGUCAAAGAAGGGCGCGGGCAGCCGGGCCAAGGGGGACAAAGCAGAGGCACUCGCCGCAUUGCAGGCUGCCAACGAGGAGCUGCGAGCCAAGCUCACGGAUAUCCAGAUUGAGCUGCAGCAGGAGAAGAGCAAGGUCAGCAAAGUGGAGCGGGAGAAGAGCCAGGAGCUGAAGCAGGUGCGUGAACACGAGCAGCGCAAACACGCGGUCCUGGUCACCGAGCUCAAGACCAAGCUGCACGAGGAGAAGAUGAAGGAGCUGCAGGCGGUGCGGGAGGCGCUGUUGCGGCAGCACGAAGCGGAGCUGCUGAGAGUCAUCAAGAUUAAGGACAAUGAGAACCAGCGGCUGCAGGCGCUGCUCAACACCCUGCGGGAUGGCGCGCCCGACAAGGUGAAGACCGUGCUCCUGUGCGAGGCUAAGGAGGAGGCCAAGAAGGGGUUUGAGGUGGAGAAGGUCAAGAUGCAGCAAGAGAUCUCAGAGCUCAAGGGGGCCAAAAAGCAGGUGGAGGAGGCCCUGACGAUGGUCAUCCAGGCCGACAAGAUCAAGGCCGCCGAGAUCAGGAGCGUCUACCACCUGCACCAAGAAGAAAUCGUCCGCAUCAAGAAGGAGUGUGAGCGUGAGAUCCGCAGGCUGAUGGAGGAGAUAAGAUUUAAAGACAGAGCAGUCUUCGUGCUGGAAAGAGAGUUAGGGGUUCAAGCCGGGCAUGCCCAGAGACUGCAGCUCCAGAAAGAGGCUCUAGAUGAGCAGCUUUCCCAGGCCAAAGAGGCUGAGCGGCACCCAGGCAGCCCCAGACGGGAACUUCCUUAUGCAAGCGGUGCAGGAGACGCCUCAGACCACUCAGGAAGCCCUGAACAGCAGUUGGAUGAAAAGGAUGCCAGGCGCUUCCAACUUAAAAUCGCGGAGUUAAGUGCCAUCAUCCGUAAACUAGAGGACCGCAACGCCUUGCUGUCUGAAGAAAGGAAUGAGCUGCUGAAGCGCUUGCGAGAAGCUGAAAGUCAGUACAAGCCGUUGCUGGACAAAAACAAGCGGCUCACUCGGAAAAACGAAGACUUGUCUCACACUCUGCGGCGCAUAGAAAGCAAGCUGAAGUUCGUUACGCAGGAGAACAUUGAAAUGAGGCAGAGAGCCGGAAUCAUCCGGAGACCCAGCUCCUUAAAUGACCUUGAUCAAAGUCAAGAUGAGAGAGAGAUCGACUUCCUAAAGCUCCAGAUUGUGGAGCAACAGAACCUCAUUGAUGAGCUUUCCAAGACCCUGGAGACGGCAGGCUAUGUGAAGAGCGUGUUGGAGCGUGAUAAGCUGUUGAGGUACCGGAAACAAAGAAAGAAAAUGGCGAAACUCCCCAAGCCAGUUGUUGUGGAGACCUUCUUUGGAUAUGAUGAAGAAGCUUCCCUGGAAUCCGAUGGCUCUUCCAUUUCUUACCAAACUGACAGGACAGACCAGACCCCAUGCACCCCUGAAGAUGACCUGGAAGAGGGUAUGGCCAAGGAAGAGACGGAGCUGAGGUUCCGGCAGCUGACCAUGGAGUACCAGGCGUUGCAGCGAGCCUAUGCCUUGCUGCAGGAACAAGUCGGAGGGACCCUGGAUGCAGAGCGAGAAGUUAAGACCCGUGAGCAGCUGCAAGCAGAGAUCCAGAGAGCACAGACACGCGUGGAGGACCUGGAGAAGGCGCUGGCUGAACAGGGGCAGGAUAUGAAGUGGAUCGAGGAGAAGCAAGCGCUAUAUCGAAGGAAUCAAGAGCUUGUAGAAAAGAUAAAACAAAUGGAGACGGAGGAGGCCCGGCUAAAACACGAGGUCCAGGAUGCAAAGGACCAGAAUGAGCUGCUGGAAUUCAGGAUCCUGGAGCUUGAGGAGAGGGAGAGGAAGUCACCCGCCAUCAACUUCCACCAUACUCCUUUUGUGGAUGGGAAGAGCCCCCUGCAGGUGUAUUGUGAGGCCGAGGGUGUAACGGACAUCCUGGUCACGGAGCUGAUGAAGAAGCUAGAUAUCCUGGGGGAUAACGCCGUAAGUAAUCUGACCAAUGAGGAGCAAGUGGUUGUCAUUCAAGCCAGGACAGUCCUGACCUUGGCAGAGAAGUGGCUCCAGAGGAUUGAAGAGACAGAGUCAGCGCUCCAGCGGAAAAUGGUAGACCUGGAGAGCGAGAAGGAGCUGUUCAGUAAGCAGAAAGGCUACCUGGAUGAGGAGCUGGACUACAGGAAGCAGGCGUUGGACCAAGCCCACAAGCACAUCCUGGAGCUGGAAGCCAUGUUGUAUGAUGCCCUGCAGCAGGAAGCCGGGGCCAAAGUGGCCGAGCUGCUGUCAGAAGAAGAGCGCGAGAAGCUCAAAGUGGCCGUGGAACAGUGGAAGCGCCAGGUCAUGAGCGAGCUGCGAGAGCGCGAUGCGCAGAUCCUGAGGGAGCGCAUGGAGCUGCUGCAGAUUGCGCAGCAGAGAAUAAAAGAGUUAGAAGAAAGGAUAGAAACCCAGAAGAGACAAAUAAAGGAGCUGGAAGAAAAGUUUUUAUUUUUGUUCUUGUUUUUCUCCCUAGCUUUCAUUCUCUGGUCAUAG